CCGGUCGCGCCGCGGCGGGAGCGGCCGGCGGAGGCUGCGCUGCCGAGGGGGAGGGUCUGGGGAGGGGAAGUCACCCCUGCCCGCCUCCCGCUGCCCCCCGCCCGCAGGUUCCCGAGCAUCAUUCGGCGCCCAGCAUCCCGCUACCCCGGAUCCUCCCGCGGGCGCGCACCGGGCUUAACUCAGGCUCAGACAUCUCCACUGCCCAGGGAUCGCUGAGUGCGUGGAAGGCCGGCUGUCCCAGCACCCCGCUUCGGCAUGGGUCCUGCCAUUGAGGCAGCUUCUCAGCCUGUGCUCGUCUGAGGGUGCGCCCGUCAUGGGGGCAGCCCUCUCCCAGGGGGCCCUCAUCGCCAUCAUCUGCAACGGCCUCGUCGGCUUCUUGCUGCUGCUGCUCUGGGUCAUCCUCUGCUGGGCCUGCCACUCGCGCUCUGCCAACAUAGACUCCCUCUCCGAAUCCAGUCCCAACUCCAGCCCUGGCCCCUGUCCUGAGAAGGCGCCCCCGCCCCAGAAGCCCAGCCAUGAAGGCAGCUACCUGCUGCAGCCCUGAAGGCCCCUGGCCUAGCCCGGAGUCUGGGGCUUAAGUCCACCCCACCUGGCAUCUGGAAUCGGGAUCCCAGGGUCCAGCUGGCCUGGGGUCCAGAACUCAGAGUCCAGCCUGUGUGGAACUGGACCUAGCUGCCCAGUGUCUGGUUGGCCUGGCUCCAAGAGGGGCCCUGCCCCUAGGUAGACAGGCCUGGGGCAGGGGUUCAUGAGUUGGUGCUAGGGCCAGGGCCAUCUGGACUCUGCUCCAUCCCAGCGGUCUGGGGUGGGGUCCACCCUCCCCCUAGGCCAAGCGCCUCUCGGCCCUCAAGGUUGGGGAAGCAAACUAGAAUCCAUGGCAAUAAUGGGAGGGUGUCCAGGCUGGGCCCCUCCUCUGGUCCUCCUACUGUUUGCUGGAUAAUAAAUGGAUCUAA